ACGUAGCCCGUACUGGUCACGUGACUAUCACGGAAGUCAACAAAGUAUGCGGAACGAAACAUUUUACUGAAGGUUUUUACGGUUUUAUUUUAGUUUUUAACACUUCUGGGAUGUUUUAGAAACAGAAACGAGCCGUCAUGUUAGCGGAAUAUAAUCUUUGUAGCGUUUUAAGGUGAAAUGUUUUGUUUAUUCCUCUAAUAAUGGAGGAAAACGAGGGGAUUCUGUCCAGCAUUAACGUCAUCCUGGUGAUGGCUUACGGCACUUUGGUGUUUGUUUUACUCUUCAUCUUCGUGAAAAGACAAGUCAUGCGUGUUGCCAUGAAGGCCAGGAGAGGACAGCACGUGUCUGCUGGACACCACGCUCCGAAGGAACUGAGACAAGUGAUCGAAGCCAAACUGAACCAAGUUCAGAAAAUCCACUUUGAGCCUCGUCUGCUGGGUCCAGAUGAUCCCCGGCUGCAGCUGAGAGACCACUGUGGCUCCACUGACUACCUGUACAGGAUGAAAGCACUGGACGCCAUCAGAGACACUGACUUUCCUUUUGGUGAACUGGGCGGGGCAUCCACGGCUGUGACCGGGAAACGCUUUCGGACCUGGCUGCUGCAGCUUCGGAACUCGCACUGCGCGCUGGGAGAUGGUCUGAGGUCCGUCGUGGACACGGUGCUGGACGGCUACAGCAGAGCUCGUCACGGUGCCGAGGCGUUUGGAGAAGCAGAUUAUGUGAAGUACCAGGACGCUCUCAGCCAGCUGGCCUCCAUGGUGAAGUGUCGAAGCAGCUCUCUGAGCCAACACCACCAGUCCGCGGCCCGGGACCUGACCAACACCGUGGAGCCCGCCGGCACCUCCUCCUCCUCCUCCUCCACCUCCAUGACCUCGUCUCUGCAGCAGCGCAGCAAGAAGCCGCGACACUUCCUGGAGCUGAAGAGCUUCAAGGACCACUACAACAGUCUGGACAGCACUCUGUGAGCAUGCUGCAGCUGUCUGCCUACACCUGGUGCCUCACAGUAUUAAACACUGCCCACCUGUACUAAUGCAUAUCAAACUGCUUUAUACUGCAGAGUGUUUUCUGCACUCAUCCUGUGUUGUUGCAUGUCCAAGUGCAAACCAGGUUGUGUUGAUUUGACCAAAACACAAACAGCUUUAGAGGCUAUGCAAAGACGUUAGAGACAAUCAGUAUUUAUUGCACGAAGUCCAGGCCUAUGCACACAUUACUAAUUAACAAACCUGUUUAAACAGCAAAAGCAUUUAUAGCAGUACUGUUUGUGUAUUUUUAAAUCUUUUUGUUACAGAAGCCAAACUUGUUUUGAAAAGCUGUGAUGAUGAAGUGCCUCAGUUUCAGCUCACUGCCCUGAAUAACUUCAGUUCUUUAGUGUUGAAGCUUUCCUAAGAGGCUUUUUAAGACCUGUUUGUUUUUAAAGUGCUUAUUGAACAAGUUGCCAUCCAGAUAAUCGCUGCCUUACAGACUUUAACUGUUCCUCUGCACAGUAAAAUGAGCAUGAUGAAAAAAAGCUUUGUGUUUUUUUAUUCCUCAGGUUAAACGGUGCUUACUUCAAGUGUCAAAGGUUGAACCAUAAAAUACAAGUUUUACCUGUCUGCUGUGGGUUUAAACAGAAAACCUUUGGUCAGGUGUGUUUAUGAUGGCGUCAAGCCUUCCUCCAUGACUGCACAUCUAGUUCUCCAGCUCCAAAAUAAUUAAAGAUGGAUAAAAUUAGAAAUAUUGGUACUGUUUUUGUCCCACUAAAGCCCCAAACCUUUUAGCUCUGAUCACACAGAAUAAAUGAAGAGACUUGUUACAAACCAG